AUGGCAGAAUCUGGAGUUUUUCUUGAUCAGGACCAGUUCAGCUGUCCGAUCUGUUUGGAACUGCUGAAGGAUCCAGUGACUAUUCCCUGUGGACACAGUUACUGCAUGGGCUGCAUUAAGGGCUGCUGGGAUCAGGAUGUCAAUGCUGGUGUCUGUAGCUGUCCCCAGUGCAAACAGACCUUCACCCAAAGGCCUGUUUUAAGAAGAAACACCAUGUUGGCUGAAGUGGUGGAGAACCUGAAGAAAAUGGGACUCCAAGCUGAUCCUCCUGCUCACUGUUAUGCUGGACCCGGAGAUGUGGCGUGUGAUGUCUGCUCUGAGACAAAGUGUAAAGCCAUCAAGUCCUGCCUGGUGUGUCUGGCCUCUUACUGUGAAACUCACCUCCAGCCUCACUAUGAAUCUCCUCCUCUUAAGAAGCACAAACUGAUCCAAGCCACUGAACAACUCCAGGAGAAGAUCUGCUGUCAUCAUGACAAACUGCUGGAGGUUUACUGUCGUACCGAUCAACAGUGUAUCUGUCUGCUGUGUACGAUGGAUGAACACAGAGGCCACGACACAGUCUCAGCUGUAGCUGAAAGGACAGAGAAACAGGAGCAGCUUGGGGAAACACAGAGGAAAUCCCAGCAAAGAAUCCAGGAGAGAGAGAAGGAGCUGCAGGAUCUGAGACAGGCUGUGGAGUCACUCAAGCGCUCUGCACAGGCAGCAGUGGAGGACAGUGAGAGGAUCUUUACUGAGCUGAUCCGCUUCAUUGAGAGAAGGCGCUCUGAGGUGAAAGAACUGAUCAGAAAUCAGGAGAAGGCUGCAGUGAGUCAAGCUGAAAGACUCCUGGAUAAACUGGAGCAGGAGAUUGCUGAGCUGAAGAGGAGAGACGCUGAGAUGGAACAGCUUUCACACACAGAGGAUCACAUCCAUUUCCUCCAGAGCUGUCAGUCUCUCUGUGCCCCUCCUGGACCUGGAGACUUACCCAGUAUCAUUGCUAAUCCACAUGUCUCUUUUGACACUGUGAGGAAAUCUGUGUCUGAACUGAAAAAGCGACUGGAGGAUGUCUGCAAGGGGGAAUUGGACAAAAUUUCUGACUCAGUGAAGCUGAGACGUCUGUGUGAAUUCAAAGACGUUCAAGAAGUCGAGUCUGAACCCAGGACCAGAGAAGAAUUCUUAAAAUAUUACUGUCAGCUCACACUGGAUCCCAACACAGCGCAUGGAAACCUCCGUCUCUCUGAGGGGAACAGAGUGGUGACAUGUGUUACAGAGACCUUAUCAUAUCCUGAUCAUCCAGAGAGAUAUAAGUCUACGGAACAAGUGCUGUGCAGAGAGGGUCUGUCUGGAUGCUGUUACUGGGAGGCUGAGUGGAGUGGGAUUUUUGGGGUGAUAUAGGCAGGUAAAGAGGUCAGCAGGAAAGGAGAGAAUGCUGACUGUGGUCUACAACAUAAUGACAAGUCCUGGAGUUUGCACUGGUCUCCUUUUAGGUGCUCUUCCUGGCACAAAAGCGAGAAAACUGAAAUCCCUGUCCACUCCUCCACCAGAAUAGGAGUGUACCUGGAUCACAGUGCAGGAACUCUGUCCUUCUACAGCAUUUCUGACACAAUGACCUUCCUCCACAGAGCCCAGACCACAUCCACUCAGCCCCUCUAUCAUGGGUUUUGGUUGGAUUUUGGUUUACCAUAA